GAGAGGAUUUUGCUCUGAUUUGAAGAAUUCAGCAAAUCUUAGAGAGAGAAAGAGAGAUUGAGAAAAAAAGAGAAUGAGAGUGGAUCGCUCAUUGAUCCGAGCUCUUUCGCUCGCUUUUGUUUUCCUUUUCGUCUUCAAUGUCUGUGAUGCACUCUAUGGACCUUCGUCUCCAGUGGUUCAGCUUACUGCUUCCAACUUCAAGUCCAAGGUUUUGAAUUCCAAUAAAGUUGUUCUGGUUGAGUUCUUUGCCCCGUGGUGCGGACACUGUCAAGCAUUAACACCUAUAUGGGAGAAGGCAGCUACUGUCUUGAAGGGUGUGGUUGGUGUGGCAGCUCUUGAUGCUGAUGAACACAAGUCCCUUGCUCAGGAAUAUGGUAUUAGAGGGUUUCCAACAAUCAAAGUAUUUGUACCUGGAAAACCUCCUGUUGACUAUCAAGGAGCAAGAGAUGUCAAAUCCAUAGCGAACUUUGCUCUGUCACAGAUAAAGGGACUUCUAAAGGAACGGUUAGAUGGUAAAGCAACAGGGGGAUCCAGUGGGUCCAGUGGAUCGAAUGAAAAUUCUGAAGCUAGUGCCUCAAUAGAAUUAAAUUCUCGCAAUUUUGAUGAACAAGUACUUAAAAGUAAAGAUCUCUGGAUUGUAGAGUUCUUUGCACCAUGGUGUGGACACUGUAAAAGGUUGGCCCCUGAGUGGAAGAAGGCUGCUAAUAACUUAAAGGGAAAGGUCAAGUUAGGUCAUGUUGACUGUGAUUCAGAAAAGUCUCUGAUGAGCAGAUUCAAUGUUCAAGGAUUCCCCACUAUCUUAGUGUUUGGUGCUGAUAAAGAUAGUCCAACACCUUUCGAAGGUGCUAGAACUGCCUCAGCAAUUGAAUCAUUUGCUCUUGAACAGUUGGAAACAAAUGUUGCACCUCCCGAAGUGACUGAGCUAACUGGCCAGGAUGUCAUGGAAGAAAAAUGUGGUUCGGCUGCCAUAUGUUUUGUGGCUUUUCUCCCAGACAUUUUGGAUUCCAAAGCAGAAGGAAGGAACAAGUAUGUUCAGCAGUUAUUGUCAGUUGCAGAGAAGUUCAAGAAGAGUCCCUAUAGUUAUGUAUGGGCAGCUGCUGGAAAGCAGCCAGAUCUUGAACAGCGUGUUGGAGUUGGUGGGUAUGGUUAUCCGGCUUUGGUUGCCCUAAACGUAAAGAAAAGUGUUUAUGCCCCACUUAAGAGUGCUUUCGAGCUUGAGCAUAUCAUAGAAUUCGUGAGGGAUGCCGGUCGUGGAGGAAAAGGAAACUUGCCUCUGGAAGGGGCCCCUGUAAUUGUGAAGACAGAACCAUGGGAUGGAAAAGAUGGAGAGGUCAUUGAAGAGGACGAGUUCUCCCUGGAAGAGCUCAUGGGGGAAGAUACUGCCAGCAAGGAUGAGUUGUGAAUUAAUUAAACCUUAGUCGUGAAGGAAAUGAGAUUUAGGAGAGAUUUUGGACUCUUGGGAUCACAACUUGUGCUGUUACGGUAUUAAAUGACUUUUUCUCCAUGGUCAAACUGAUUACUGAAUGAGGCGUACACUUUCUAAAUCUUGCAUUCUGUUCCUUACCAUUAAUAUUAGUAGAAAAGGGAAUACGAUAUGGCUGAUCCCAUUCUCUAUCUCCUUGUCAUGUUAAGUGAAUAAUUAAGAGUCAUAUUACAUUGUAUCUGUUUUAAUGAGAACAAAACAUCACCAAUCCAAUGCAAUCGGGUAUAAAGCUCUUGCUUCGGCGUAA